GUAUUUAUAGACAGUCUGUCUUGCACAUGACCCUACAGGAAUGGCGAUUCCAUCGAGUCUUUUUAACGCUCGUUCAGAUUUCGUUCAAGGUAGACACUUAGAAUAACAUUCGAAUAGAUUCAAAUCUAAAAAACUACCCAAAAUUCCCGUUACAGACUAACUAUUUUCGUAUCAUUCAGAGUGUCAGAUGAAACUCACCAGGAACUGAAUGCAGUUUUGUUUGAAUACUGUCAGGAAAAACGUAUCGCUCCAUUUCAUUUGGGAAUUUCCACCUUUGCUGUUCAAGAUAAGUAUGCCAAAUUCAACUUCAGUACAGCUACCCGGCUUUAAUUUGGCGACACCUGGGCGACACCAAAAUGAAAUAUUGUCGACUCAAACAAUUCUGCUGUGGCUGCUCACUCCAAACCGGCACCAAAAUAGUCGGUGUCAUAUGUUUGGUAGUUGGAACUAUAGGUUUCAUUUUGGGUAUAGUUGACAGUAUAUCGAAUGCUGUGGCUGUCAAUAAAGUAGCAGGUAUUUCUACAACAUGUGCUAAUAAUAUCAUUCGAAUCGUCGGGUCAGCUUUGACCAUUACCACUAGUAUUUUCCUAUUGAUCUCGGCUUGGAACAAUCACAAGUCCAUGUUCCUUUUGCCGUGGAUCAUAUUAGAAGCGAUUACAUUUCUUAUCGUGAUUGGCUACUCGUUAUUCUUCGGCAUAUUUUUAUCCAUUGCUGGAGGCUAUGGAAUUGGAAUAGGUUACCUGAUUGGCUCUGUCGUUGGGGCAGGGCUUUGGCUUUUCUUCUGGUUGGUGGUCUUCAGCUACUACCUGGAACUGAAAGAAGACGCGAAACUACAACAAUUCUCAGAUCGGAACAUGAUUGAUUAUGACUUAGUGGCUUUUAACGACGGAGUGUAUCGAUCGCACGAGGGCAAAAUGUUUUCUCGAGUUUGAAAGUGAUUGCGUUAUCGAUGAGCGCAGCCGUUGCUAUCACGUGCCAGAGUGUUCUAGAGCUUAUGUUAGUUGUUCCAUUAAAUGGCAAGUAUUUCUUGUCUGUGAUACGCUGAUAAUUAAUUAAGUAUAGAGAUUAUAGUGCUCUAUCUUAAAAUGUAGUGCCUUAUUUGUACAUGUUCAGUUUGUAAAUUUCUAUAAAAAUCAUUUCAAUAGACGCUAAAAGACUAGGCUAGACUA